CAGAACCUACCACUUCCAACUAUGUGCCUUUAAGAAUUGCUAUUUUUAAACUACUUAAGGACAUUAUGAUUGACUGACAGAAAAAUUGGACAGAAGUAAUCAGUGAUGAAAAACUAUACAGUAACAACAUUCAUUCUCCUGGGACUGACAGAAGACCCUCAGCUGCAAGUUCUGAUUUUUAUCUUUCUAUUUUUCACCUACAUGCUGAGUGUCACUGGAAACCUGACCAUCAUCACACUCACCUCUGUGGAUCCCCACCUUAAGACACCCAUGUACUAUUUUUUACAAAAUUUCUCCUUCUUAGAGAUUUCAUUCACAUCUGCCUGUAUUCCCAGAUACUUGUAUAACAUAGCAACAGGUGACAAGGUCAUUACCUACAAUGCUUGUGUCAUCCAAGUAUUUUUUACUGACCUCUUUGGUGUAACUGAAUUUUUCCUCCUGGCUGCCAUGUCCUAUGACCGCUAUGUGGCCAUCUGCAAGCCCCUGCACUAUGUGACCAUCAUGAGCAGCAAAGUCUGCAGGAGACUCACUUUUUUCUGUUGGUUGGCUGGAUUGUUGGUCAUAACCUCCCCACUUAGUCUGGGGCUAAAUCUGAAAUUCUGUGAUUUGAAUGUCAUUGAUCAUUUUCUCUGUGAUGCUGCUCCUCUUCUGAAGAUAUCAUGUUCAGACACAUGGAUCAUGGAACAAAGUGUUUUAAUAUGUGCUGUGCUGACCCUCACUUUGACUCUUAUGUGUGUAGUUCUAUCCUAUAGUUACAUUAUUAAGACAAUUUUAGGAUUUCCAUCUGCCCAGCAAAGAAAAAAGGCCUUUUCCACCUGUUCUUCACAUAUGAUUGUGGUUUCCAUCACCUAUGGUGCAUGUAUGUUCAUCUUUAUGAAUCCUACCGCAAAGGAAGAGGUGACUAUUAAUAAAGUGGUUUCACUGCUCAUUUCCUCUAUUUCACCUAUGUUAAACCCUUUUAUUUAUACACUGAGAAAUAAGCAAGUGAAGAAAGCCUUCAAUGACUUGAUAAAAAGAAUUGCAUCAUUCUUAAGUAAAAUAAACUAG